AUGGCUCUCAAGCGGAAAAGAUCCUCCAUCACUUCAUCGUCCUCGGCUUCGUCGUCAGAUGCCGGCAGCACAUGUUACUCUGCGCCGAGCCCGCUAUCGUCGAUAUUCUACGCCCAAAGCAAGCCUUCGAAUAUUCCGUACUCCAAGAACGAUUCCUUCCAUGGCGGCAACGAAGAAUACUCCUCCAGCUGUCAUCUGAACAGUCGCACGCGAAAACGAUACAGAGACAACCGACCUGACGAGCAAGCCAUUUUCGCGACCACAAUCAGCAAACUGUAUGACGCACAACGACGGCUGCCGGACGCCACUUCGAUUCCGUCACCACAAGUUCAGAUGACGCCAGAACCGAGCCAGCCAACACAGCGCAGCACCCUUCAUUCGUUCUGGAAGGUCAAUACACCGAUGUGUGCGCCGCCGUCCAUCCUAGGAGAACCAUUGGGGGUGCCUGGUACAAGCUGCGAGGACUGCGAUGUACCUCUGAGAGACGAGGGCGCCAUGGACUUGGACGAAAGUGUGAUGGCAAAUGAGCUGGCAUGCCGGUAUUGUUCUCGGAUGGUCUGCAACGGUUGUGCAUUGGUUCGGGAAUCACGGAGUUGCCUGUCGUGCGCGACACAUGGGUAUUCAUGA